AUGGAUUUGUGGCAAGUGCUGCGUCAACUGCGACCGGGAAGUCCAUCGCAUGGCAGCUGCAACAUUGAGUUGCAGCAACGUUGCAACAGCAACAAAGCGAAUCAAACAGUUCAUCAGGGUCAAGUGCAACCCUUGGCAACCCCAGAGGCCACACGGGUCACAGAGCAAUCGUUGCAGGUUUGGCGGGCGUUACCCGCCGAGAUUCGCCAUGAUCCGAGCAUGGCCAGCUUUCAAAUGGAGAAUGAGCGCAUCCAUGGCGAGAGUUCGACUGCUGGCAAUAGCGAGGGAGAAGAUAAGCCAGAAGAGAAUAAGAUAUACCCAUGUCAAGCAUUAGAGUUGCCGGAAGGUAGUGCUUCCAGCUAUAAUGGUUCCGAUUUUCUGGACAUCAAAUUAAAGUCCGGUUGCGACGGAGACAAGAGUACGGAUGAUGAGGCCACGACAACGCACUCGGAUCAGGAUCCACAGGCAAAUGGACCAGGAAAUGCCAAGUCUCUGGCCAGGCGCAUUCAUCACAGAUCCAAGCGUUCCAAGGAGCAACUGCAGCGGGAUAAAGUCUGUAAACGUUGUGCUUUAUUGGUCUUCUGGGGAUUUGCGGCCACUGUGCUGAUAACUGUAGGUGAAAAGCAUCUGCUGGAGAAGAUCAUCCAGGUGCCGCAGGGAGAGCAGGGGAAAUAUUUCAAGCUAGAUCAAAAACCGACUGGCAACUUUCGGUUGACGCUAGAUGGCGCUUUCGAGAGAUCCUCCAUGCUCCAAGCUUCAGUCAAAGGCGCUGAGAGUGAGAAUCAAACUUUGAGUCGCAGCUAUCUUAUAGUGCAGCCACAGAUAUCCAUUCUGGACAAGAAUGAGAGCCACGUUUUUAAGGACAUUUUGGAGCCUUGGCAGCUGCCUUUGGUGGCUGAAGAUGAGCUGGACAAUGCAGUGGCCGUUUCACUCAAUCACACCUAUCACAUCACCACAGAGCUCAAAGAUCUGCUCUCUAAGAAGGGCAACGAAAUUCGUCUCCAUAUUUAUAGCGAUGCUGGCAAGGAUUUGGCCAUUGAAUUAAGCUACAAUCCAUUGAUUGUGAACACGCACACUGGCAGCAUUCUGGCCGGGAUUAUACUGCUCAUCUUCUAUGCAUUGCUGGUGUGGGAACAAUUGGAACGUCCCUUUGUGGCCAUGGUCUGCUCUGUGCUGUCUGUCACCGCCUUGGCUGUCUUUCAUGAUCGCCCCAACAUGGAUGAGAUUAAGGAGUGGAUGGACAUGGAGCUUCUCACACUCCUCUUUUGCAUGAUGUUACUCAUUCUCAUAUUAACGGAGACGGGUAUCUUUGACUACUUGGCCGUCAUUUGCUUUGAGAUGUCCGGCGGCAAAAUCUGGCCCAUGAUCUACAGUCUUUGUCUGACAACGUGUUUGGUUUCCAGUGUGCUGGACAACAUGACAACGGUGCUGCUCCUAACUCCAGUUGCCAUCAGACUAUGCGAAGUCAUGCAACUGGAUCCCAUUCCCGUUGUCAUGGGCAUCAUUGUCCAUGCAAACAUCGGUGGUGCUCUGACUCCCAUCGGAGAUCCCAUCAGCAUCAUCAUCAGCACCAAUCACAUUAUUGUGGCAAAUGGCAUCAACUUUCUCACUUUUGUGACACACAUGCUGCCCGGCGUGUUCUUGGCUCUCGUCCAAAGCUGCAUCUAUUUGCGUGCUUACUAUCGCAACAUGGAUGAACUGCGUCUCAAGGAGCCCAAAGAGUUACGAGAGAUGCGUCGAGAGAUUAUGGUAUGGCAACGUGCACUGAAUGCCGUUGCCAUCUGCUCCAAGGAUGCACAGUUGGUGCGUGGCACACUCCAGAGCCGGGUGAAGCAGCUGAAGCGCACGCUGCGACGGCGAGAACGUGGCGUUGGCUCCACGGAGAUCUAUACGAGCACCCUGGACGAGCUGAAGCAGAAGUAUCCGAUCAAGAACAAGAAGCUGCUCCUGCAAUCGGCUGGUACCCUGUUCCUUGUCAUCGUCUGCUUCGUCGUACAGUCGCUACCGCAUUGGAGAACCUUGCCCCUCGGCUGGGUGGCAUUGCUGGGCGUCAUCCUGCUGCUGAUUGUGCUCAAUCGCGAUGACAUGGAACACUUAUUGCAUCGGGUGGAAUGGACCACUCUGCUCUUCUUUGCCGCUAUGUUUGUGAUGAUGGCGUGCGUGGAGCGUCUGGGUCUCCUGGUCAGCAUCGGUGAACUGACGAAGCAUGUCAUCCUAGGAGUCGAUAAGCACUAUCGACUCGCCGUUGCUAUCUUUAUGAUAUUGUGGACAUCGGCUCUGGCCUCAUCCGUUCUGGACAGCAUUCCUGUGACGGCCAUGAUGGUCAAGCUGGUCACGUCUCUGGUGGCGACGCAGUCUCUGGAAUUGCCUCUGCAACCACUUGUCUGGGCUCUGACCCUAGGCACGUCCAUGGGCGGCAAUGGCACCCUGUAUGGCGCCUCUGUCAACGUCAUCGCCGCGGGAAUUGCCGAACAGCACGGCUACAAAUUAUCCUUUACACGGUAUCUCAAAACAGUGCUGCCCAUGAUGCUAGGUCAGGUCAUCUUGAUGACAGUCUAUUUGAUGAUCUCACAUGUUGUCUUUAGCUGGCAUUAAUAACAGGAGUUUUAUUGUUAAAC